AUGGCCGAAGUCGCUCAAUCACCCGUCCCUCUUGACACUAUCCCCAUCUCUCCCGAGGGUGGUAACGCCGCUUCGGAUUCCACUCCCAGCGCAAACUCUGGCGAUGUUGUCACUGUCUUCCACGACCCCGAGAACUUCAACGUCAAGCACCCGCUUGCACACACCUGGACCCUGUGGUUCACUAAGCCCCCGAGCGGCAAGCAAGACUGGAAUGAGUUGUUGAAGGAGGUCAUCAGUUUCAACAGUGUCGAGGAGUUCUGGGGCAUUUACGUAAGCCGUCGUCUUUGUUUCUUCUUCACUUGGACAUCUCUAAUUCCUCUCAGANACAACAUCACCCCCUCCUCCGAGCUCGCUCCCAAGUCCGACUACCACCUCUUCAAGCAUGGCGUCCGCCCCGAGUGGGAAGACCCUCAGAACAAGCACGGUGGCCGCUGGUCCUACACCUUCAAGCAGCGUCAGGCCAACGACGAGAUCUGGCUGCACGUCCUGCUCGCCGCCAUCGGUGAGCAGCUCGAGGAUGACAACGACAACGAGGUCAUGGGUGUCGUCAUCAACAUUCGCAAGGCCUUCUACCGUAUCGGUCUCUGGACCCGCAGCGCCGGCACCAAGGCCAACCCCACCAAGCAAGGCCAGCCCCAGCGCACCCCUCAGGAGUCGCAGGCUAUCCUCAUGAAGAUCGGCGACCGCUUCAAGCACGUUCUCCAGAUCACCGACAAGGAUCCCGUCGAGUUUAUGGGUCACUCCGACUCUGCCAACGCUGGCUCCACCCGUGCUAAGGCCAAGUACCAGGUCUAA